AGGCUGGGCCAGCCCUGGGACACCACGCAGCUGCCCAGCCUGGGGACACCAGCCUGCCCUGCCCAUCCUCUGCUUCCCCCGGCCCCGGGUUCAGACCAUGGGAGGCACCGGCCACAGCGUCUUUUUCCUCCUUUACGUGCUGUGUGUCUUGUGGACCCUGUUCGAAGCUGAAUCCCAGAAAACCAGUGACUGUGCUCGCUGGUGCCCCCUGAACUCCAGAUGUGUCAACGCCACGGCCUGUCGCUGCUCUCCGGGGUUCACUUCUUUAUCUGGGGACAUCUUCACCAACCUCUUGGAGAAUUGUGAUGACAUCAAUGAGUGUGGGCCACCCUUGGCAGUGUCCUGUGGAAAAUUUGCAGACUGCCAGAACACAGAGGGGAGCUACCACUGCGAAUGCAGCCCUGGAUACCAGCUUGCUUCUGGGGCAAAAACGUUCAAGAAUGAGAGUGAGAACACGUGUCAAGACGUGGACAAAUGUCAGCGGAAACCCAGACUCUGUAAAGGCCGCAGCAUCUGCAUCAACACCCAGGGCAACUACACCUGCAGGUGCCCACCCGGCUUGGAGCUCAACCUGAGCGACCCAAACGUGUGCUCAGAUGUGAAUGAAUGUACCUCGGGGCAAAACCCGUGCCACAACACCACCCACUGCCUCAACAACAUUGGGAGCUAUGAGUGCCGCUGCCGCCCUGGCUGGAAGCCCAUUCCUGGGUCCCCCAAUGGCCCAAACAACACCGUCUGUGAAGAUGUGGACGAGUGCAGCUUCCGGCCGCCUGUGUGCCACAACUCCACCGUCUGCGUCAACACUGUGGGCUCAUACAGGUGCCGCUGCCGCCGCGGCUGGGAGCUCAAACCCGGAUUCCAGAAUAAGCAAAUGAACACCACCUGUCAAGAGAUGUCCUUCCCUGCCUGGACCGAACCCCCUGGAAUCAAGAGCCAGAGACUCUCCAACUUCUUUAAAAAAGUCCAAGUUCUGCGCAGAGACUUCAAGCCGGCCUUGGCUCAGGACACCAUCCAGAACCUCAUCACGUCAGUGGAUGAGCUGCUGGAAGUCCCCAGUGACCUGGACGCCUUGGCCCUGCCUGAAAGGCACAAGAUGGCCACCCACCUCCUCUCUGAGCUUGAAAGAGUCCUAAGGACCUUGGCCAAGGCCAUGCCUGGAGCCUCCUUCACCUACCGUUCCCCUUUGAACACAGAGCUGUCCCUGAUGAUCCAGGAGCAAGGGGACGGAUACACCACCAUAGGCCAGAGCCAUGCACGGAUGCUGCUGGACUGGGCUGUGGCAGCCGCAGCCAGGGACUCAGACCCUACCGUGAUGGGCAUCCUCUCCAGCUGGAAAAUGCAGAAAUUGCUGGCCAACGCCUCCUUGGAGUUGGACCCUGAGACGAAAGCUAAGCUAAAAGAUCUCCACCAAAGUCCUGUCCGUGGCGCCCAGUACGAGCUCCUCUCAGCCGUCAAUUUGGUCUUUCUGAGCAACACAAACACCGAGCACCUUGACUCCCCGGUCACCUUUGCCUUCUCCCACCCUAUGAAGACGCCCGGACCGCGGCAGGGGCUGGUGUGUGCAUUCUGGAAGAGUGACGACAGGGGCGGAGGGCACUGGAACACCACGGGCUGCUGGACCCGGGGCACCAGUAAUGACAGCACCACGUGCCAGUGCAGCCACCUGAGCAGCUUUGCCGUCCUCAUGGCCCACUAUGACAUAGAGGACCCGAAGCUGGCCCUGAUCACCAAGGUGGGGCUGGCGCUGUCGCUAGUCUGCCUGCUGCUAUGCAUUCUCACCUUCCUGCUGGUGCGGCCCAUCCAGGGCUCGCGCACCACCGUGCACCUGCAUCUCUGCAUCUGCCUCUUCGUGGGCUCCGCCAUCUUCCUGGCGGGCAUCGAGAACGAAGGCGGCCAGGUGGGGCUGCGCUGCCGCCUGGUGGCCGGACUGUUGCACUACUGCUUCCUGGCCGCUUUCUGCUGGAUGAGCCUCGAGGGACUGGAGCUCUACUUCCUGGUGGUGCGCGUGUUCCACGGCCAGGGCCUGAGCAAGUGCUGGCUCUACCUGAUCGGCUAUGGGGUGCCCCUGCUCAUCGUGGCCAUCUCGGCGGCCGUCAGACACGAGCACUACGGCCGCUCCCUCUAUUGCUGGUUGGACCCAGAAGAUGGCUUCCUCUGGAGCUUCCUGGGACCUGUGAUCUUCAUCGUUCUGUUCAAUGCUGUCAUCUUCGUGACUACUGUCUGGAAACUCACGCAGAAGUUUUCUGAGAUCAACCCAGACAUGAAGAAACUUAAGAAGGCCAGGGUGCUGACCAUCACGGCUGUUGCUCAGCUCUUUCUGCUGGGCAGCACCUGGGUCUUCGGCCUGUUCCUCUUUAACCCACACAGCUGGGUGCUGUCCUACACCUUCACCGUCCUCAACUGCCUGCAAGGCUUCUUCCUCUUCAUCUUCCACUGCCUGCUCAACAAGAAGGUGAGGGAGGAGUACCGGAAGUGGGCCGGCUGGGUCACCGGGAACAGGUACUCGGAGUUCACCACCUCCUCAUCCAACCAGACUCAGGCCCACAGGCCUUCGGAGUCCGGCAUGUGACAGCGCGGCUCCCACCAGACCAGGAGGUCCUGUGGCCUCAGCAGCUUUUGCACGUGUUGAACGACGGUCCCCUCCUCUCUCGCCCCUCUGCUCCCUCCGCCAGCCUGCCUCGGCCCACAUGUGCACCACAGAAAGCAGGGGGCAGCAGCUGUAGUCUGGCACCAAAGCCCAGGAAGCCCAGAACACCCAGCCCGGUGGAGAGUUGGACCCGCCAGGCCUGCUUCUGCUGCCUCCCUGCCCCACCCCAGCCAGGACCCAGGGUGAGGGCAGGAGUCCGGCCCAGGGCCGCAGUGCCUUUCCCGGCUACCCCAGGCCUGUCAGACUGAGGACGCUGUGCCCAGCCAGGCCCUUUCCCCUCGUCUGUUUUUGCUACAGAACAAGAGGCCAGGGUGCUGGGGCUCUAGCUCCCCGUUAAGCUAAGACUGAGGCCAGGGGUGGGGGAAAAGCAGGGCCCCUCCCAGCCCCACUGCCUGAGGCUCACGGUACAGAAGCCCAUCUGCUCCUGGAGGCAGAAGGCUCUCACUUGUUUGGAAAGUUGUGAAUGUUGUAUGUUGUUGUUUUUAAUCUGUAUAAACUUUUCAACAUCGACACAUAAAAUUAAACGUCCUACUGACACAGAAAA